CGCCACUUUUGGUUGCGGCGGCAGCAGCGAGAGUGUGGAGCGGUGCUGGGCGGCAGCAGCCCGGGCGGGACGGACCCCAGCGGGGACCCGUAGCCAACGGGCCGCGAGCGGCCGGGACGGACCCCAGCGGGAACCCGUAGCCAACGGGCCGCGAGCGGCCGGGACGGACCCCAACCGGGAUCCGUAGCCAACGGGACGGGACUGACCCCAACGGGGACCUGUAGCGGGACCGACCCAGUCGGGGACACGUAGGAACCUGGGACUGAGGGGCCCCCCAACCCCCACCAUGGCGCCCAGAGACUACGCCGCGGAGAAAGAGAAGGUGAAGCGCUUCUUGCAGGAAUUCUGCCGGGAUGGCGAGCUCGGCAAGAAGGAUUUCCUGUAUCGGGACCAGCUGGUGUCUCUGGCUCACCGGGAGCAGGUGGCCCUGUACGUUGACCUGGACGAGGUGGCCGAGGAGGACCCCGAGCUGGUGGACGCCGUGUGCGAGAACGCCAAGCGCUACGUCCGCCUCUUCGCCGACGCUGUGCACGAGUUGCUGCCCCAGCACAAGGAGCGGGAGGUGGUGCACAAGGACGUCCUAGAUGUGUACAUCGAGCACCGGCUGAUGCUGGAGCAGCGCGGCCGGGACACGGGGGAGACGCACAGCCCCCAGAACCAGUACCCCCCGGAGCUGCUGCGUCGCUUCGAGCUGUACUUCAAGGCCCCGUCGGGCUCCAAGGCCCGGGUGAUCCGGGACGUGAAGGCCGACUGCAUCGGGAAGCUGGUCACCGUCCGCGGCAUCGUCACCCGUGUCACUGAGGUCAAGCCCAUGAUGGUGGUGGCGACCUACAGCUGCGACCAGUGCGGAGCAGAGACCUACCAGCCGAUCCAGUCCCCGACUUUCAUGCCGCUGUUCAUGUGCCCGAGCCAGGAGUGCCAGACCAACCGCUCCGGGGGGCGUCUCUACCUGCAGAGCCGCGGCUCCAAGUUCAUCAAGUUCCAGGAGCUGAAGAUGCAGGAGCAUAGCGACCAGGUGCCGGUAGGGCACCUCCCGCGCUCCAUCAGCGUGGCUGUGCAUGGCGAGAACACGCGGCUGGCCCAGCCUGGGGACCACGUCAGCAUCACCGGCGUCUUCCUGCCCCUGCUGAGAGCUGGCUUCCGGCAGAUGGCCCAGGGGCUGAUCUCCGAGACCUACCUGGAGGCGCAUCGCAUCGUGAAGAUGAACAAGAGCGAGGAGGACGAGCUGGGGUCAGGGGAGCUGACAGAGGACGAGCUGCGCCAGAUCACAGCGGACGUGAUCUUUGCGGCGGUGCGGGAGCUGGCGGGCGGGGUGGGCGGGCGCGCGGUGCGCUACGCUGAGGCCGAGCAGCGCUGCGUCUCCAAGGGCUUCACCCCCGCCCAGUUCCAGGCUGCGCUGGACGAGUACGAGGAGCUGAACGUCUGGCAGGUGAACCAGGCCCGGACCCGCAUCACCUUCGUCUGAGCCCACGGGAGGGGCCAUCCCUGCCCCCGGCCGAGCCUAGCUUGCUCGGCACCCCCGGGGGGUCCCCCCCUUCGUGGGGUAGCUGGCUCCAGCCCCUGGCGCUGGGGGGGGGUGUCGCCUACCUGGGGCAUGCACUCCGUGCCAGGUUCUGGGGCACUGUUGCUCCCAGACGCCCCCACGGGGCUGAGGUUGUGCCCUUGACCUCCUGUUCUGUGCCAUGGGGUGGGGGAGGCCAGGCCUGUGUCCUGGGGGCUCCUGCCGGGGGCUCCCUGUCAUUGCAAAGGCGAUUUGUUCAGCUUUUUCUCUUACCAAUAAACCAGUGUUUGUAUGUUA